AUGUUAUCAAAUGAUGAGCUUACUGUUAACAAACAUACCAAUUCACCUGUGGAUUACAAUAGUAAGAAAAAUUUCACAAUAUCAAUUUCUUCGAUUACGGGACACAAAUGGGAACAGAGUGUAACAUUAUGUGAGACUGUUGACAGUUUAAAGAUGAAAAUCUGGCAUCGUACAGGUCUCUACCCGUAUCAUCAAGGUCUAAUUUUGGACGAUUUAUCGUUAUCGGAAUUGUGUGGAAAAACAUUGCUUUAUGAGCUUGGUAUCCGAAAUAACUCACUAGUGCGUCUAGUAGUCAUCACAAGAUCGGGACCUCUGGCAUUAACAGUUCCUGAAAAACUUUCAGCGGUUCCGUGUUCUGUGCAAACUGAACAGAAUAAGGGAGAUUGUUGGGAUGAAUUACGUUUCUUCGAUGAACAGAAUUUGGAUGCAAAUCGUCGUACUUUAGUCCGAAUGUGCGAGCUGCGACGGCAGAUGAAACAGAGUACGUCAACGAAAUCGAUUUCUAGCGAGAAGCAAGUGCUUUCGGCUCCAGAAGAUACGAGUGCUAAAGAAAGUUCUGCUGGUGAUACAGAAUGUGAUGACGAUAUAAGCUGUUCUUGUAGCAGUACCACCUCUUCUGCCAAGGUUUUCGAAGCAGCACCAUUGUCUGGAACAAAAAAUGGCGAUAGAAGAGUUCGCCAGAAUGUUAGUAAAGAAGAAACGCCAGAUCUUUGCCAGAGCGAAUCAGUGAAUAAUUCUCGUGAUCGACUACUUAUCAUGAUGCAUCCGCGUGCCGCUUCGCCUACAGCAGAUUUGAAUACUCAUUCUGAGAAUGGCUCUGAUUUCUCCUCUGGAGUGGUGGUUUGUGAUCUCAGCAACGAAUUCAGAAGGUUACGUGUACGCCGUAAACAUCAUGGAAUGAGUAAUGGAUCUGCUUCUAUUCAAAGAACUCGAGCCAGAAGCAAACCAAGAAUACCACUUACAGCUCUUUCUCAUCAUCACAGAGGAUCAGAUGUGACUUCAAGCGAUGACGAGUUUCCACAUCGACGUAUAACCGAAGCAAACUUUUCAUGCUCGGCAUUUCGUCGUCCUUCAGCCGUUUCACGGGCACAGAAAGUUCUUAUUGGGUACCAGUCACAGCAACGUUGCAGUGCAUGUGCUGUCAAAUUAAACAACUUUUCAGUUGCAUUUCAGUGCAGGUGCGGCAAAACUCUGUGCACUCGACAUCGCCCUGCUGGAAUGCACACAUGUACCCGUGUUCGUAAACUGCAGGAUGUCAGCGACUGA